GAUUUAUACAUUGUACAUUUUGACUUCUGAUAAAUGAAAUUGUAAAUUUUCAAAAAUAAACCCUGAAAAAUACAAUAAAAAAAGAAAUUUCUUAUGUUUUUACUAUUCAAACAAGCUGACACUAUCGAUGAUUGUAGAAAUUAAUCGAUAUCUACAAAGUGGUACUACAUGCAGUAAGCCCACUACGUAUGAACAACCAACAGCUUGACCGUGCCUGGGGCCCCUAUAGAUAACAAAAGAAGCAAGCAUACCAUUUGAAGUCUUAUAUUAUUUUUGGCUUAAGACUGCUUACGAGAGGUAUUUGUGUGUUAAAUUUAGCGCUUACGUUAGCGCCGGUUGAAGGAUGACAACACCCACGCGUGCAACACUCGAGAAAGCUCUCAAAAGCGAUGCCAAGCUGCAAGCAACGGCUACACAAAUUGCAAAUGAACUAACUAGCGGAACCUACACCAUAGCCGAACUGGCCGAAGAGUUAGGCUUUGCGUUGACCUCAGCGGACACCGAGGAACGCGUCGCCGGCACAAAUUUGUUGUCCGCUGUGCUUAAUGGUCUGCCCGGCGAUGUCUUGAACUCCAAGCAGUUAGAAUUCCUAACGACCUUCUACACGGAUCGCCUACGCGAUCAUCACAAUGUUAUGCCCGCCAUAAUUGUAGGCCUAAAUGCCUUGGUGCACAUGAAGCAGCUACCGUCUGAAAACGUGCCACUCUUGUUGCAAGCAUUCUUCCAAUAUACGACCUGUCAGUCGCAAACGCGUGGUGAUCGCACCAAGAUAUUCAAAAUGUUUAAGUUCCUGACAUUGCAUUUCCAGCCAGAACUUGUUAAAAUGUCUGGCGACUUUUUGUUUGGUUUGAUCAAUUCGAUUGAUGGAGAACGUGAUCCGCGCAAUUUGGAUAUCAUUUUUAGUUUUAUGCCCGAGUUUAUAUCACAAUAUCCACUUUUGCAUUUAGCCGAGGAGAUGUUUGAAAUCUUUGCAUGCUAUUUUCCAAUCGAUUUCAACCCUAGCAAAGAGGAUCCAGAAGCCAUAACACGUGAUGCGCUCGCCGAGAAGCUAACCAACUGUCUGGUGGCUAGUGAACAGUUUGCCGAAUGGACCGUGUCGUUGGCCGUAGAAAAGCUGGAUAGCCAACUUGUUGUGGCCAAAUUGGAUUCCAUUGAGCUGCUGCAUCAAGCGGCUCUCAAGUUCUCACCAGGCGCACUGGAGCCGUAUUUCGCCCAAAUCUGGCAGGCAUUGAAGGCGGAAACCUUUCCUGGCUCUGAUAAUGCGGACGUGCUGAGAUGUGCACUCAAGGCCCUCGCCGAGUUGUUGAAAAGCGCUGCUAAGGUGCCGAGCAUCAGCCAUAACUAUCAGAGCAAUGUGCUGGGCGUUGUGCUGCCCCACAUGAGCGAUGUACACCAUCGCCUCUUUCAUCCAGCCACUGCAAUAUCUCUGAUGUGUGUCUCGGGCGAUGCGCCCUAUGCAGCUGAUAAAAUACUGAACACUUUUCUACUUAAACUUCAGACAACUGAGUUGAGUCUAACGACCAGCGAGGAGCGCAUCAGAUUUUAUCACAUUAUUAGUCAGGUUUAUAAGCUGGCCGCUCUGAGGGAUUCACUGGCAAAGCUGGAUAAGACCAUACUGUUGCCGUUGCAAGAUGAUGUCAUCAAGGCGCUGCGCUUAUGUGAGCGCGAAGAUUUCGAUGCCAAAAAAGAGGACUUGGAGUUGCAGUGUGCUGCGUUGUCGGUGCUCUGUGAAUGUGUUCCCGUGCUGAGCGAGGCACAACGUGCGCUGGUCUACAAGGCACUCGUACAGCUAAUUAGUCAUCCGUACAUCGAUCUGGACUUUAAGCAGUUAACUGUUAAUCUGGGUGCCCUGCAGCCCGUGGAACUGCAGUCGUCUUUUAUAGAUAUAUGCAUCCGUAAUUUUGACAUAUUCUCGGAGUUUAUCAAACGCAAAAUCUACGCAAAUCUUCUUCCACUGCUGCCUCAGGUCGCGUUUACGCAUCGCAUACUUGAUCUGGUCAUGAAGGAAGUAUUCACGGCUAAUGUCAUAGAACCUGGUCGCAUAUUGGCUUUGGAAGCGCUCUCCACACUGCUCAAUCAGGAAGAGCAACGCUUUAUUGUGGAGCUGCAGCAGCAGUCAAAUCUGUUGCACAAGCUCAUAGAGCUGGCUCAAAAUACUUCCACAUUGCCGCUGACAUCGUUAGAGCUGAUUGCCGCCGCACUGUGUCGCAUCAUGCAACAGCUGCCUCUAUCCGAGCAGAGCGCGAUUGUCAGCGAGUAUCUGCCGACGCUGGAUCUGCAGCAGGCGGCACAUCUGUACGUGGCUAAGGGUCUGUUGGGCUAUCUGCACAAGGACAUUUGUCUCGAUGAUCAUUUCGAGCGUCUGCUAGACGAUCUCACCAAAUUGUCGCUGAGCUCCGACAACGAACAACUGCGCGACAUUGCGCAUCAUUUGCUCUGCAGUCUGGUCAACAAAAUGGACAACACUGAAGAGAAUCGCAACCAGGUAAAACGCAUCAUACACCAGCUUAAAGUAGCCAUCAAAUCGGGCGACCAGCGAGCCGUUCACCUGCUCGCGUGGCUGGCCAAGGGCCUAGUGGUAGCCGGCUUCGAGGAGGCAGCCGAGAUUGUAACCGAUCUUACGGAGCUACUGGAGCAUCCCACAUUGUGUAGCGCCGCUGCUGUGGCCUUUGACAUUAUUGCUACCGAGUUUCCCGAAUUGGAUUUGCCUGUAGUCAAAUUCUUGUACAAGCAAAAGUUCUUUCACACCAUUAUGAACAAGUUGGGCAGCAAGCUCUCCAACUACUGCGAACACCAUAUGAAGGCAUUCAUCUACGUGCUAAAGGCUACGCCGCAUUCGGUGAUUAGACUUAACAUUAAACAAUUGGGUCCGCUGCUCUUCAAGACCCUGGACGCACAAAAUGAUGCCCAAUUCCUUUGCAUAGCACUGGGCAUAUGUAAUAACUUUGUGGAGCAGCAGGAUUCGUACUUCCAGACUCAUCUCGGACACAUAAUACCCAGCUGCCUGGAGCUGUCCAAGCAAAAGACGCAACCAAACAUGCAAGUGCGCAUUGCAGCAUUGCAGCUGCUCUAUGACAUAACCAAGUAUCCGACCUUUGUGCUGCUGCCUCACAAGACCGACGUGACUCUGGCUCUGGCUGCUGCCCUGGAUGAUUCCAAGCGUCUGGUGCGAAAUUCUGCAGUCAAGGCUCGCAAUGCUUGGUAUUUGGUGGGCGCACCCAGCGGUGAAUAGCAACACGAUGACAAGCAAAUUGUUCUUAGCAUUUUGAUUCAAUUGACAACGAAAAUGAAAUACGCACAAUUGUUAAAUAUUA